UCAGCUGGUCAGCACCACCAACGAGAUGUACAACUGGAUCCUGUCUGUUCCUUCUAACAGCAUAAACAUGAUCUUCCAGGAGGUGCUGGUUGACCUGAAUUCUAAGAAUGAACGUGGUUUGUAUCAGUCCCGGAUCAAGGCCACUGUUGGUGGGCGACCUUUGACCUUUUAUAGCUUGGUGGGUUUAGAGAAUGAGGCUUUCUACCGCAGCAUGCCACGCAUCAUCGCCAUUGCCUUUGGUGCUCUAAAAACGUAAAACACACUCAUGUAUGCUGCUGAAAUUAUACUUGAGCUGAAAUGGCAUCCCCAACAUUAAACGUUUUUACAUCCUUGACUCUCUAAUGUGAUCUGCUGCUAUGGAAAUGACUGGAAGGGGCCUCUUUUCUAGAGUCAUCACAGGACAGCUGCCACUUUUGAGUUGGUCAUUGCAUACUGAGACUGGACUGACGGUGACUGUAUGUCCACCCUGACUUAACUUAUUUCACAGGGACAGAGGUUGAUCCUCCUGUCUGUGCUGCA